AUGGCAAAAAGAAAGAGGACUGACUUGGAUGAAACACCACCAUCAUCAGACUUCAUGCCGCAAUCACCUCAAACGGAUAUGUUUUCAAAACGGAAAUCUUCUCACCAAGCUGAAUACGGUGCGGCACAGCCUCCAUUAUCCACUUUGGAUAGUAGAGAUAAUUCCAUGAAGAUACCACAAGGCCACCUGUCACCCCGUGGUCCUGGUUGUGGUUUAUUAUUGAGGCACCCUCAUCAUUGUUUUAGCCGCCAUUAUUCUAGACGAAGCGCUAAUCACUCUGAAGCAUCGACUUCUAAUAGGAAGGGCCAUCCUGUAUAUGAUAUGAAAUUGUCCUUUAAACUGCCUAGUAAAGAACAUUCAGACUCACAGCGUAAAGAAAGUAGGGAAAGAACAUCCCAUAAACCAGGAAGAAUUAGGUCAAGUUCAUUGGUGAUGAACGCAGUAUCUGCUGAUGUGCGGAAAAUGCAAUGUGGUAUAUGCCAGAAACUUGUGAGGAAGAAACCCUUCAUCCUUGGGAACUCUAUGUCGUCUAGCGAUCUUUCGGUAGAUGCCGUUUUGGUCUGCGGUCAUGUUUAUCAUGCUGAUUGUUUGGAAGAGAAAACGAGCCAUGAAGAUAGACGGGAUCCUCCUUGUCCAUUGUGUGCAAGCUGGCUCUUGCACGUUGAUGCCUAG